CCAGAUUCGGCGAGCUCUUUAGCUGCAGGUACUGGUCGGCUGUUCGUACAACCUGUAGAACCAGAUUCAAUCACAAGAUACCGGGCAAAAGCAAUCGACCUCCGAAACGCUUUAAGGGAGAUGCUCGACAAAAUCGAAGUCGUUGGACCAGGUUAUUUACUCACGGGAAAGAGUCGUAGUAGUAUUGGACCUCUAGACGGCGGUACUAGUCUCCUUUCCGAGGGAGCCGCCUUUAAGCGCAACGCAGCAUUGAAGCCAAAUAGCAUUAAGCAGCAAAAGGCGCCUUUGACACAGAUCCAUGCGCGCAGCUAUAAAGUUGACCAUACCUUGCCGACACUUAAAGGAUGGGACUUCCCGAUUGACAACGAAUUCGGUGAGAUGGUAGCUGCUCGCGUGAACAGCACAGAGGCUUGGCCCAGGGAAUUCUCCCAAAUAUGCGCUCAAUGCCGAGAACUCAACUUCCUCACUGCAGGUUUCGUUUUCGAUGAAGAGAUGACGAUUCUACAAAAGCGAUCAGAGACUUGUACAUUGUGCCGACUCAUUCAUGAGGCUGCCCAGCUCGGCGCAGAUGCAAAAAGCCAAAGAACCCGAAUCGAACGUCAGAGCUCGAAGUUAGUGAUCACGUCUAAUCCAUUGCCGGUUUUGUCUAUAUUUCGUGGACCCGACCUGAAGAUUCCUCUACCACUCCAGCUGGGCUUUCCUAUAUUACCAAAUCCUAGAUCAUCGGCUUUCUUUGCAAUAUUGAAUCUCUGGCUCAGCGACUGCGACAUUAACCACCAAGACUGCCACGUCAGCACCAAGGUCUUCCCCACAAGACUCAUAGAUGUUGGAACAUACACCGAUUCUAGAUUGUGUCUGAUAGAAACAUAUGAAGAACAACCGACAGACCAUCGAUAUAUCGCACUCUCGCACGCUUGGGGUGAUGUCAACCGGUACCCAACCUUCAAUACCGUGCGAAAAGAUGUAAGCGGAGCCAAGCGAGAUGUUGAAAGCUUGAAAGAAAGGAUACCCUACGAGGAGCUUCCCGCUACCUUCAGAGAUACUGUUGAUAGCACCCGGGCCCUCGGUAUCCGUUACUUGUGGAUAGACUCCAUAUGCAUCAUCCAAGGUCCCGACGGCGACUUUAGCGAGGAAGCAAAGAAGAUGGAAGAUGUGUAUAGCGGGGCGUUCUGUGUUCUUUCCGCGAACAGAGCCCAGAAUCAACAUGAUGGGUUCCUUAAGCCGCGUCCUCAGCCGAAGUAUGCCACUCUCACUGGGCCGGGUGGUCACCCAUAUUACGUAUGUCAGGCUAUAGACAACUUUGCCGAAGAUGUCUUGGAGGGCUCUCUAAACCAACGAGGCUGGGUGCUCCAGCAACGCGCUCUAGCACGUCGUACGAUAUACUUCUCCGAGGCUCAGACCUACUUCGAAUGCGGGGGCGGAAUCCGUUGUGAGACGAUGACGAAGAUGCACAACAACAUGGCGGAUUUCCUGGGUGACCCCAAAUUUCCCACGAAAGUUAUGCGCACCGAGUCUCGCGCGCUGAAGAUCUCAGCCUUCCAAGAUCUUUACCAGACUUACUCUCGACUCAUCUUCACUCGAGACGACGAUCGACCGUUCGCAAUUGCCGGGAUUGAGAAACGGCUUCAGAUAGCCUACAAGGCAAAGGGAGCCUACGGAAUCUUCGACGAUGGCCCGGGCGGAGCAUUAUUCCAUAGAAGCUUGUUAUGGAAGCGCAGCGAAGAAGACAUGGAGGACUCCAGAGGCGCCACCAGACAUCAAAGUGGAGCCAUGCGGCUCAUCAACUUCCCCCCUGAGAGAAACAUCCGAGUACCGAGCUGGUCAUGGAUGGCUUAUGUCGGCGGAAUUGAGUACACAGACCCACCCUUGGGAUCAGCGGACUGGGCGAAAGAUGAAAUCUCGCCUUCUCUCGACAUGACUUUUCUGAACGCAGUGAUUAGGGAUUUUAAUCUUGCCGGGCGCCUGAAAGAUGAGGCUCAUCUCACGUACGAUAUUGAGAGAACUGCGUCCGACAGCCGACGAACUCAAUGUGUCAUUGUGGCAAGGUCCAAGGGGGAAAAGUAUGAUCGGGACAAGACGCACUAUGUUCUUCUGGUCACAGAAGAGAGAGAGCUCAUGGAUCGCGGAGAGAAGGUGUACAAACGCGUCGGUGCCGGCUUCAUGCCUGGGAAAUACAUAGCUCUGCAUGUUCCCGGGAUACCGGCGAAGAUUUACUAGUGCGAUAUUUUGGAAAGCACAGGUUGUGUUUCACGGUCUUUGGUGUGAGGGCGGAGGACCAGGCUCAGCAAGACUUCAUGUGUACCAUUCC